CGCCAUGAAGCAUUAAAAAGACUGACGUCAAUAAAGCAGCAACAAGGCCUGGGUGCGCGCGCGCUCUCUCUCAUCUCGUGCGCAGGGAAACCCCGAAUCAGCCUCCGCGUGAUGGCAGUAUGAGGCAGUCCCUGCAAGCCAGAGCGUGGGAGUUCCUGUCUUCGCCAUGUCGGGGUGGUGCUGCAACGCGCUGAGGAUACCCUGAACCGAGCAGAAGUCUCCCAGCCCCCCCUCCUGCUGCUCCAUCCAUCCAUCUAUCUGCCUACCCAUCCGCCCCCACAAGGCACCAGGCAGAGUCCAGUAUCUCCAGCAUAACAGUUUCCCCGGAUCAGCUGCGACACAUCUUCCCCCCUGACCGACGGUGGACGGAGGAGAGACGCACCAAGUGAUGCGGCUUCUGCAGCCCGCGCAUCCCGCAGCACCGAAGACCUCACGCUCACCCGUUAGGAGUAGGCGCACUUUCCCCGUUAUCUACAACAACCCAUGAGAAUGUCCAGCGCAGACAUCAUGGGUUUAAACCCUACCGACCGCGUGAUCAAAUCGGUGCCGUUUCCGCUGAGCCACAGGUUAAGCAUGCGAGAGGUGUUCGACUGCGAGGGGAAACCGCGUGUGGACCUGCUGAAGGCUCACCUCACUAAAGAGGGCCGCGUAGAGGAGCCCGUCGCUCUGCGCAUCAUCAACGAGGGGGCCGCCAUCCUCCGCCAGGAGAAGACCAUGCUGGACAUAGAGGCCCCUGUCACAGUGUGCGGGGAUAUUCACGGGCAGUUCUUCGACCUGAUGAAGUUAUUUGAGGUUGGCGGGUCUCCUGCGACAACGAGGUACCUGUUUCUAGGGGACUAUGUGGACCGAGGGUACUUCAGUAUUGAGUGUGUCCUUUACCUCUGGUCGCUGAAAAUCCUCUACCCAAAGACGCUGUUUCUGCUGCGAGGAAACCAUGAAUGUAGACAUUUGACUGAAUAUUUCACUUUCAAACAAGAAUGUAAAAUCAAAUACUCGGAGCAGGUGUACGACGUGUGCAUGGAUGCGUUCGACUGUCUGCCUCUGGCUGCUCUGAUGAAUCAGCAGUUUUUGUGUGUUCAUGGCGGCCUGUCUCCAGAGAUACACACAUUAGAUGACAUUAAGAGGCUGGACCGGUUCAAGGAACCGCCAGCGUUUGGCCCCAUGUGUGAUCUGCUCUGGUCCGACCUGGAAGAUUUCGGCAAUGAAAAGAGUCAAGAUUACUUCAGCCACAACACUGUCCGCGGAUGCUCCUACUUCUACAGCUAUCCUGCGGUGUGUGAGUUUUUACAGACCAACAACUUACUGUCUGUCAUCAGGGCACAUGAGGCACAGGACGCGGGUUACCGUAUGUACAGGAAGAGUCAGACUACAGGUUUCCCUUCUCUCAUCACCAUCUUCUCUGCUCCAAACUACCUGGACGUUUACAACAACAAAGCGGCCGUGCUUAAAUACGAGAACAACGUAAUGAACAUACGACAGUUCAACUGCUCGCCACAUCCGUACUGGCUGCCCAACUUCAUGGACGUCUUCACCUGGUCUCUUCCGUUCGUUGGAGAGAAAGUGACAGAAAUGUUGGUGAAUGUCCUCAGUAUCUGCUCCGAUGAUGAGCUUAUGAACGAUGGAGAUGAGAUCUUUGAUGCUAAUGCUGCGGCCGCCCGUAAAGAGGUCAUCAGAAACAAGAUUCGUGCCAUCGGCAAAAUGGCCAAAAUGUUCUCAGUCCUGCGAGAGGAGAGUGAGAAUGUGUUAACCCUGAAAGGUCUGACUCCCACCGGCAUGCUGCCGAGCGGCGUACUGUCUGGAGGAAAACAGACCUUGCAGAGUGCUACCAUCGAGGCCAUUGAAGCCGUGGAGACGGUUGAGGAUGGAGAAGCCAUCCGUGGCUUUUCUCCACAGCACAAGAUCACCAGUUUCGAGGAGGCGAAGGGUCUGGACCGCAUAAACGAGCGCAUGCCGCCUCGCCGAGACGGGGUCAACAGCGUGGGGCUGUCGAUGGGCAAGAUGAACAUGGCCGAAUCCAACGGCACGGACGACAACAGCAAUACCCAGUGAUUCAUCUCCUCCUCCUCCCAUCCCUCGCUCGCCACUGCUCCUCCUCCCAUAAUGCAAUUCUCCCCUCUCCCCUCAUUUUCACUGCUACCGUCUAUGUAGCAGAUGGAUUAUGUGAUAUAUUUAGAAAGAACUCCCUGCUUGACGUUCAACGGCCUGAACUACAAACAUGAGAUGAGCCGCGUGAAGAUGAUCAUGCGUGAGAGUUGCAUGAUGGGAUAUGUAGUUUUAUGGAUAUGGGGCUAUGUAAUGGAAAUACGAACACGGAGUGCAUUCCCUGUUCCUUUGUCCGAAGAGAUGUUUAUUUAUGCGUGUUUGCACUUUGCGUGCGUGUCUGUGUGCGUGCGUGGGCGACAUGUGAUAUAUAAUUACUAUACGAUGAUGAUGAUGAUGAUAAGUAGGUUUUCACAAACGCUUACCUUUUUUUUCUUGGCCUGCUGUGAAACAUAAAACACAAGGCCGACGCACUAUUUAUUCAAAAGCGUCGGAGCGUACGUUUGCGUUCGUACGUGUGCGAGAAGCUUGUAACCGUUUACUUUCACACUUCUCUUGCAGUUCUAUGUUUUGCUACUAGUAAUCACUAUAUAUGGAAUAACUAAUAUUACACAGAAUAACUUCACACAGGUUAUCACGAUUAAUCCACAAAUAACAGAGAGGUUUGGAGUCGCCGUAACGCCCCUCAUGCUAUGUGCUCGCUGUGUUGUGUAAAUCCGCCGUUGUCACGUCGUGCUGCGGUUGCUAUGGCAGUCUGACACUUUCCCGCCACCUCUGGUGCUCCAGAGCUGAUGGGGGGGGAGAAGCGUUCAGUCAGCUCUGUGUGUGUGUGUGUGUGUGUGUGUGUGUGUGUGAGUGAAUGCGAGAAACAGGGGGGUGAUUUGAGCUGAGGGAUUGCGUCGAGCUGUUAUUGGUGGUUUCAAACAGGUCCUUGUCCUGUGUUGCCGCACUAGACAGAACGGAUUUCCAGCCACGCAUAAUUCAUGGGAGUUUAUUUUGUAUAUAAAUGGCGUAUAUUUUUAAGGACCGUUUUGUUAUCGCUUAUUUUCAUGUUAUUUUAUUUUGUAUUCAAGCUAUUUAUUUAUUGUUUGUUGGGUUCUUUUUUGUUUGUUUACAUUGCUGUACAGUUAAUUAAGCUCCGAUGAGGUGUUAAACCUUUUGCGUUUCUUUAUCGAUGUACAGAAGUUAUCCAGUAGUGUGAAGGAACAUAUAAUUCUGUGAAAUGACAUCCGGGCUGCCAAAGCAUGACUGCAUGGUUAUUUCAAAUGUAAAUCAAAUAUGGACACACCUUAACGUGUCGCACAUUUUUAAGGAGAAGUAUAUUCUGAUCAUUAUUCUAAACAAUAUUCUGGUUACUUAUGAUGAUUAUUAUUAUUAUUAAGAGUUCUGCUGGUUUAUUCCACUUUGCCUCAUCCUCGUUUUGGUUGCUCAUUGUGCUUUACUUUAUGAAUAAUGAAAACGUUCAUGAGUUAUUUGUGAUUCUAUAUCUUGUAUUUUUCUCUGGAGCUUCAUUCUGAGCAUCAUGAUUUCCUGACCUACAGUACGGACAGUGUGAGCAUGCCCUAUGGGACAAAUCUCUUUUUUUACUCUUGAAUAAAAUAUGCAUGAACCUUU